GCCUAUUCCUACGUCUUCAUUCUAUAAAGCCAAAUCCUUACCCUGGUGUCCUCAUCCAAGUGCCGCAAAGGUCAAGAUACACUAUACAAUGACCGAUACGCAAGUAGUUGCUGAGUGGUAUAACCAAAACGCGGCUCUAGAGCACAAUCGACUAAAUGCUUGCCGCCUCGAAUUCUCCGUUUCGCUGAGGGUAAUUAAUCAGUGUCUAGAGCAGCUACGACAGCGACAUGACCAACCAUUGAGAAUUUUGGAUCUAGGCGGGGGAACAGGCCGAUACGCUGUCGAGCUGGCACGAAAAGGCCACUCAGUCACGCUGGCCGAUAUCUCCAGAUCGGAGCUUGAGCUAGCUAAGACCUUCGCCGGCGAAUCUGGUGUGACCCUCGACGCCAUUGUCGAAGCCGAUGCACGAACCAUUCAGGUGUAUCCCAAGGAAGAACAUCCAAGAAGCGUCUUCACGACAUCCACCUAUGAUUUGAUUCUCUGCCAGGGCCCAAUGUACCACCUUCUCGAAGAAUCUGAACGUACACACGUUCUCCGUGCUUGUGCUUCUAUGCUUCGUGGCAACGGGAUUCUCGCGGUCGCAUUCGUCACCCAAUAUGCGCACUUAAGGGAUAUCGCCCAACGGGAUCCGGCUCGUCUUGCGAAGGAGUUCGAUGGUUUUUAUCGCGAGUAUCUUGCUUCAGGGAGGUACACCCGAAAUCCUUCCAUGGCUUCGUAUCAUACGAAUGCGGAGCAUAUAAGGAAAUUGUUUCGGACGGUUGAUGGGCUAUUGAGGACUCAGGAUAAUAUCGGGCUUGCUUUGUCCCGGAUUGUAACUUGCGAAGGAUUUCUCGGGGGAGGAUUGGCCGGGAAGCUGUGCGAUCUAUUGCCGGACGUGUACGAGCGUUGGGUAGAUGUUGUGAUGCAGUUUGUUGACGAUGAAACGCUAUUAGGCAACGCGGAUCACUUGCUAGCUAUUGCAGAGAGAAACUAAUAGUUUAGCUUUGGAGAUCGUUAUACAGGUCGCUUUUAUUGUGAUUGAA